GUCACGUGACCUUAACUGAGAAUGGAUGAAAACAAAACGUAGCUUCUCAAUAAGAAAUAACAAAUAAAAACUGUCUCGGAUAAUUUCAGGUAUAAAUAAAGACAUAAUGUUAUAAAUAAAAUUGUGAUUAAUUUCAUUGACAAUGUAGAAUUUGUUCAAUGAUGUAUAUUAAAAAGAGAUAUUGCGUAUCACAUUCCAAUCAUUCUUGAUGCUAACCAUUUCGUAUAAAUUGUUUCAGGUGUUGCAAUUUAGGAUGGGAAUGAAAUAGAAAGGAAUGAAUUGUGGUGUGCAGUAUCAAAUAGGUUCGCUCGGUAGCAUGAAUCGUAGUACAGUUGAUACUAAUCGAUCCAAGUACUCAAAAACAACUGGAAGAAAACGAUCGCCUGAUUUGUAUGCUAUAGUUCGCAAUCAGAAAUUACCACCUUUACCAUAUUCACCAUCUAAAACAAAUCCUACUGUUGAGACCCGAAAGAUCCCCGAUUAUUCAAAAUCUACAAAACCCUUCUUCGAAGCAGAUGAAAGAUUUAUAACAACCUCUAAGAAAUAUCCUGACGUUUCGAGGCCUAGACGUGACUCUUUCGAUAGCAGAGGUAGCAGUGCUAGAGCAACCAAAAGGUAUCUUAGUACUAACUUAAUAAAUGUAAGCGAACCAAGCAAUAUUGACCGUCGAAGAUCGGAUAGUACUGACAGGUUGACAUCAAUCAAACUGGGCGGAGAUACAAAUAAUAAUUACCGCUCGAAAAGCUUCGAGAAAAAAGCUAAUAACAAUACACCUCGAACAAAUAGAAAUUGCGGUUUAAAAGGUUUACGAAACCUUGGAAAUACAUGCUUCAUGAACUCGAUAAUUCAGUGUUUGUCGAAUACGAAAUUAUUAAGAGAAUAUUGUUUUUACGGCAACUAUGAGAAUGAUAUAAACAAAAAAAGUUCUAUGAAAGGGAAUCUGAUUAGAGCAUUUUCUGAUUUAUUGAAACAAUUAUGGAGUGACAGUAGCGCUUCAAUAUCCCCUAGAGAUUUUAAGGAGCAAAUUGGAAAAUUUUCUUCUAGGUUCGAUGGCUAUAGUCAACACGAUUCUCAAGAGUUUCUCCUCUACCUCCUCGAAGGAUUACAUAACGACCUAAAUUUGAGUAGAGAGAAAGAGAAACGCUAUAUAGAUAGUAGUGAUAACGUUGAUAGUACUCCUGCUGCUGAAAAAGCGGAAAAAAUGUGGAAAUUAUAUAAAAAUUGCGAAAAAAGUAAAAUCGUUGAUAUCUUCGUUGGACAACUGCAGAGUUCCUUGAAAUGUGACAAAUGCUCAUACACUUCAAACACAUUUGAGCCCCUGUGGAUGCUGCAUUUACCCUUAACCGGACAGAGUUCAAAACUUGAAACCUGCUUGUCUCAAUUUACAAAGGAAGAGGUGCUAGAUAGGGAUGAAAAGCCAAUGUGUGCGAAAUGUAAAUGUCGGCAGAAGAGUCAUAAGAAAUUUUCAAUUAGGAGAUUCCCCAAAGUAUUAAUAAUUCAGCUGAAGAGAUUCCAACAUGGGAGUUAUUUAACUUCCAAGUUAAACUCAUCAAUUAAUUAUCCCACCAAAGGGUUGAAUAUGCAAGGACACGCUUCAGACGGUGUUUCUGCGCCAAUCUACGAUUUAUACGCUGUUUCAAAUCACUCAGGGUCACCCCAAUACGGCCAUUAUACGGCCGAUGCCCUGAAUUCGGAAACUGGAACUUGGCACCAUUUCAACGACUCUAUAGUAUCUACUAUCUAUGAUAGUUCGGUCGUUACGGAGAAUGGCUAUGUCCUAUUUUAUGUCAGUCGCGAAAGAACUGAAUUAUAA